GUGACGUGACAAGGCGAACCGAGUCCUCUGCUGUUAGCAUCGAGUAGCAGCUCUGUGGACUUCGCAUUUUCCUCGGUCUUCCUUCAACAUCAGAGCAGUGACUCCAAAGAUGGACAACAGCGGGAAAGAAAAGGAAGCGAUGGCUUUAGUGGCCGAGGCCGAAAAGAAAAUGAAAUCGUCGCAGUCGUUCUUCGGAGCGAUGUUUGGUGGUUCCUCCAAGACGGAAGAGGCCUGUGACAUGUAUGUGAGGGCAGCCAACAUGUACAAAAUGGCCAAGAAUUGGUGUGCCGCAGGAAACGCAUUCUCCCAAGCGGCUCUCCUGCACCUCCAGAUGCAGAGCAAACACGAUGCGGCGACUAACUUCGUAGAUGCCGGGAACGCCUUCAAAAAAGCAGAUCCACAAGAGGCAAUAAACUGCCUAAAUCGAGCCAUUGAGAUAUACACUGAUAUGGGGCGCUUCACCAUCGCAGCCAAACAUCACAUCAACAUUGCUGAAAUAUACGAGACUGAGAUGGUGGACAUCGAAAAGGCCAUUGCUCAUUAUGAACAGGCAGCAGAUUAUUACAAAGGGGAAGAAUCCACCAGUUCAGCAAACAAGUGCCUUCUGAAAGUAGCAACCUACGCGGCUCAGCUGGAGCAGUACCCAAAAGCCAUUGAGAUCUAUGAACAGGUUGGAACCCACGCGAUGGACAGUACACUUCUGAAAUACAGUGCCAAAGAUCACUUCUUCAAGGCAGCUCUCUGUCACUUCUGUGUAGACAUGCUUAAUGCAAAACUUGCUGUGCAGAAGUAUGAAGAGAUGUUUCCGGCCUUUUCAGACUCGCGGGAAUGCAAGCUUGUGAAGAAACUUCUAGAUGCCUAUGAAGAACAGAACGUGGAGGCCUAUACUGACUCGGUGAAGGAAUUCGACACCAUUUCACGGUUGGACCAGUGGCUCACCACCAUGCUUCUCCGCAUCAAGAAAACCAUACAGGACGAUGAGAGCGACCUUCGCUGACUUCCCAACUGCUUGUUACUUCAAGCCCUCAGCAACCGACUUGCAUCCUUUCUUUUUUGCCUUGAGCCUCUCACUUCCAUUCUAGCAGCAAUCUGAAUUGUUUGACCAUUAGCCCCUUAUAUUCCCUUAAAGAUGCUGUGUUUCUUUCCCACCAUCUGCAGUAUUUGUUCUUGCCUUUUUAAUCCGCUCAUCUUAAAAAAUGAUUCUCUUCUAGGUAUAAACACUAUGUUAGUUGUAUAUUGUUAUGAUCCAGGUAUUGGCCUAAUACAAAAUCAUAUUACCAGCACCCUUGUAUAAUAAAGGUUUUAUUUGAUUUUUCUUGUUAUAAAAUGUUUGAGAGGAUGCUAAUUUAAUAACGCAGAUCUAAAGAAUAUGUUUUCCCAGAAUGUGCUUGAGAAUGAAUAUAACUGACCGAAUGCCAAAAAGCAAAUACAUUGGUCUUUGGUACUUUUCAGUGCUGCUGUAUUCUGUAGGUCACAUCAGGGAACCUCUAAUUAAACAGCACAUAAUCUCUCAGCUACAGAGCUCCUCUUCAAGCAGGGAGGCCAAGAGUUUCUGAGGUGAUUCCACGACAAACGCCCACUUUGCCUUAUACUGCGAAGUUCUCAGGAUGUGAGUAGCCAGAUUUGAUGGGGGGGAAAAAUAAAUCAUGCUUUUAGAAAGCGUUAUAAAUUUGCUAAUUGUUUAAAGUGCUUUUAUUUCACAAACAAAGAUGAAAUAAGCUAAUUACCUUUGUGAACAUUUGCAUGGUUUGGAAAGGAUGAGAAAGCAAGAGCAGCCUUUUCCCACUGUAUACGAGAUGUUUCUUAAGUGUGUGUGUGUGUUUUUUCUUUUUUUUUCUUUUUCUGAUUGUAUCAUAUGUGCUUUUUUUUCUGUCAUAUCUAACCAGGCUGAAAAAAUGCCUGCACAAGAUGCAAUACAUCAGCUUUACUGAUCUGAACACUGUGCUCAUGUACCAUCCUGGUGAUUUUCCUCAAGAAACAAUUGUUGUUAAAUAAUUUGUACUUUAGUCACUUGUUCCUGGAAUAAACCUGUUGCAGUCUGUUCAGUA